CAGGAUCGUUCGUGAGUUCUGUUAAACGUCGAAAUUCCGUAUUCUUGCGAAAUUCUUCACGAAUAUAAUUUUCAGAAAAUAUAACUAUCUAACACGAACAGUAUCAAACUUUUCUUACAGGAUUGAAAUUUUUUAAAUAAAAAUGCAACGUGCAUCAUUGAUUGGCAUUAGAAGAAUGGCUUCAUUAAGCCAAAUAAAAAUGACUGGUGAACGAGGAUCCGGUGCAGGAAAGGGAGGUGGUGGUGGUGGUGCUAUUCGUGAAGCUGGAGGAUCUUUUGGAAAAAUGGAAGCUGCUCAUGAAGAUCAAUAUUUUUAUAAUUUGCAAAAAGAACAAUUAAAUAAACUACGUGAUGGUCUUCACGAUGAAAUAUCAUUCCAUGAAGAACAAAUUAAACGUCAUCAGGAGGCUAUAAAUCGCCACAAGAAGAGGAUUAAUGAUAUGGAGAAAGAGUAGAUUUUUUAUUUAUCGUUUAUGAUGAAUCAAGCCUUGAUCUUGAAAUGAAAUAUUUUCACAGAGUGUUUUAAUUAUGUUUUUUUCUACUACGUCUUUAGUUUUGUGUAUUAAUAAAAUACUGAAAUUACAACAGUA